CGGGGCGACAUGAGCACGUGCUCCGUCUCCAAGGGCUGCUUUGUUUUUAAACCCAGUACCAAGAAGAGAAGAUUGUCUGAUAAAACAGCUCAUGAUUUCAGAUGCACAAGCAAUGAUUCAGAGGACACUGAGCUACGGUUUGUCACCUGUCAGUCUUUAUGGAACCAGAUCAAAUCUGAAACAGAAAAAAUACAGGAAAACUUGAAUAAGCAGUUGCUUGAUAAUCUGGUGAGUUUUUUGAGCCGGUCUCAUUCUGACUUUCAAGAGAAGAAAACAGAAUGGACUUGCAGGAUGAAGUUCAAAGAAAUCCCUACUGCAGCUCUUGUCUUAGGUGUGAAUGUUACAGAUCAUGACUUGACUUUCAGAGGUCUCUCAGAUGUUCUUCAGGAUAACAUUACUCCUUAUGUAGCCUUGCUGGAAGCCAAAGAUUGCCCAGGCAUAAAAAAUCUGAUGCAGAAGCUGAUGGGACAGCUGAUGAAGUGUGAUCUAGAUGUGGACUCACUGGAAGAUGAGGACUGUGUGCAGGUUUCACAGAAUAGAAUACGUUGUUCAAUGCCUUCUCUCAUCAGCUGGUAUGACAGUGUAACAAAGAAAACAGAUUCUGAAACUCCAAGCAAAAAAAGAAAUUCUUCCUCUAGACACUGGCAGUCUCCUCCAGUUGUAGUCAUAUUCAGAGACAUGGAAAGUUUCACCACAAAAGUUCUUCAAGACUUCAUAGUCAUCAGCAGUCAGCAUAUCCAUGAAUUACCUCUAGUGCUGAUUUUUGGAAUUGCUACAUCACCAAUGAUUAUCCACAGACUGCUUCCUCACUCAGUGUCCUCUCUGCUGUGCAUAGAACUUUUCCAAUCCCUUUCCUGUAAGGAGCACCUGUCUACUAUAAUUGACAAGCUGCUUCUGACAUCCCGGUUUCCCUUCAAACUGGGAGAAAAAGUUCUGCAGGUUCUCAUCAACAUAUUCCUGUACCAUGACUUUUCUGUACAGAAUUUUAUCAAAGGAUUUCAGCUCUGUAUUGUGGAGCAUUUCUAUUCCCAGCCUCUCAGUGUACUGUGUUGCCACCUGGCAGACAUUAAGAAGAGAGUUUAUUCUUUAUCACAUAAUCAGUGUGAAAACAUUCGAAGACUGCCCUCUUUUAGAAGGUAUGUGGAAAAGCAAGAGUCAGGGAAACAGAUUGAACUGCUGACAAACGACAGCUUCUUAAAGGAAGAAACAGAGAAGUUGCUGGAGGACUUACAUGUUUACCAUGAAAAUUAUGUUCCAAUUUUGAGAUGUCUUCAUGUUUUCACAUCUUCUCUUCCGAAGUACCCUUUGGGCAAGCAGAUCAGGGAGUUGCACUGUGCUUGUUUGGAAAACCGAGUGUGGGAGACAGAGGAGUAUGAGUCAUCUCUUCAACUAGCAAGGAUGCUGAAUAAGACUGAUUUGGUAACCAUACUCCAACAAUGUGUGGAAAUUUUGAUGUCAUCUUCUGGAAAGGAGUUUGAUAGGGCAGUAGAAAAGUUGAAGGAGUUCCUGACCCAGUUUCAGAAUCUAGAAGUAGCAGAAGCUUCCCAAGAACGAGAUGUGUCCGUAUCGCCACAAAAGGAGCUCCAGAAGAAGACAGACCUUUAUCACCUUCAGAAGACUUUGUUGGAGUUGAAGGAAUCAAGGAGGUCUAAGAAACUGACAAAGUUUGAAAUGCUUCGUUUUGAAGUUGUUGACUAUAUAGACAGUCUUGUAAGAAGGUACCUUGUUCCUGCAGACCAAAGGACCCUGCAGGAGAUUGUGUACUUCAACGGCGCCGCCGUUCUGCGGGGGCACCUGAACGCUGCCCCCAGGACCGCGCUGCACACGGCUCUGAACAACCCCCACUGGUACCUGAAGAACCAAGCUCUGAGAUGUGACGGAGGAGGCAUUUCCAACAAAGCCCCUGACAUAUGCAUAGUGUAUAAGCUUCAUUUGGAAUGUGGCAGACUGAUCAAUCUUGUGGAUUGGUUAGAGGCUUUCUCAACUGUAGUGAUGGCAGCUGAGGAGACAAAUGCAGAUGCAGCUUCCUCAGACCAGGUGGAUGAUGUUAUCCACGCUCGCUUUAUUCGAGCCGUUUCUGAACUGGAGCUCCUGGGCUUCAUAAAGCCCAGCAAGCAGAAAACUGACCAUGUGGCAAGGCUGACAUGGGGAGGCUGUUAAUGUGCCACCAAGGUGCUAAUAAACUUCCCAACAGAGCAAGGGCUCUGUUCCCACCACUCUACUUCUUGCUAAUUUUGCAUACUGAGUCAAAGUCAGCAGUGCCUGAAUGUUGUGAGAUACAUUCUGAGUGCCUGGGCAGGCUUGAAUAGAGAUGUUUUUUAAUGCUCAUCUUCCCUGUGUAAUGUUCUGCUGUAUUAAUGCUCAUGUUCCAAAUACCAUAUUGUUGUGCCAGUUUCAAUCUUUGAUGUGUGAUAUUUAACAGUCCACUGAUACAACUCAGACUAGCAAGCCAAAAGGACAACACUGGCUGUGUCAGCCAAAAAGUGAUGAAGCAGUAUUAUUAAUAUCCUUAUAAGCUGAUAGGAUUUGAGUCAUUAUUAUAAAAUGUCUCCUUGAUCCUUGAACUCAAUUUAAAAAUAAAUAAAACAAGUAUGGUAAAGAAGACAAUGAA